AUGGCCCGAGUCGUGAGGAGAGCUGCUUCGGCUGCGGCCUGGCGCGCUCCUAGUCGGGCCAUCCAGAGAAGAGCUCGAAAGCACAAGGUUAUUAUGGAAUCGGUGACCCAGGAGAAGAAGAAGCUUCGAAGUGUGAUAUGCUUCGAGGCGAAGGCCCCCACUGGUUAUACUUUCAUUCCAGCUGGAAAUCCGCACCUCACAACAGCUUGUAAGGAGCGGUGCAGGAAAGAAAAUAUCCAGAUCUAUGCUGUCUCGACUACCCCCCAUUUGCAUACGCAUAAUCUGUCCCAACAUGUCCAUCGGAUAGGGUAUCACUUCCCGAGUACAGUAGUUGCUGCAGUUUGCUCAGAACUUGGGCUGUAUCUCACCAGCUCGGGGAAGGCAGUACCCUUCCACACCUUGGGCAGCCUUGCCAAUCGCCCAUCAUCUGACCCUGAAGCUUCUCAAGAAGUGAUCAAUACAGAGGCAAGGGAUACUAUCAAAGACUUAUUUCCUAAUAUCCCGGACAAAGACCUCUGGCAAAUUAUCAAAACUUCGUUUCAAAAGGGUCAACGCAAAGUUGGAACUGCAUCAGAAUUACCUUUGGCUCGCCGAGCACAACUGGCGGUAGUGGCACAUGUUCGUCACCUCUACACUGAUUAUGAUCGUCUUCUCAAGCAGGGGUCAUUUCAUGACGCCAGAUCCGCUGUCGAGCAACCUACCCUAGCCAAGGUGGUUGCGUGGCGUGGUGACGAUGAGAACGGUCAGGCCGAGUUAGAAGAUGUCUUCCGUGAGGUGAUCGUCAUAUCCGAUGAUGACGAUGAUAGUGAGACGGAUGAUGAGACAGUCACUGCCUCAGACACUCGGGACGAGAGUGUGGUAAUUCUAUCGAACACUCCUAGGACUCACGAGAUCCAGACCCAGCCGAUCAGUGCCGAAGCUGUUUCCAAUCAGGAUCCCGCCCGGGAGUUCUCCGAGGAAGUUGCAGCUGGAUUCCGUGUUUUUACCAAGAUGCCCGCCAAAAGGACCAUCGAUCGUCGUGGAUUUAGCAGAUACCAAGCCUGGAACCGUGCUUUGAGUAGAUAUCGAGCCGAGGCACAGGAUACUGAACAGCCUCAACCCGGCGAUGCCCCUAUUGAACAGCAAAGUCCACGAUAUGCCAACCGAUCAACUGUCGUUCAAGAAAAUCCGCCGGUGCCUGCCAGACGUCGGGAACUCCCUCCCACACACCCAAUGGAACCCAACAACCCUAGGAUCUUUUCUGGACCCCCUUCUGGUGAAAUACCGGUUUUGCGACCACUAAUGGCCACUUCAAACCACGUAGGUAUUACUGAAAGGCGUGCUCCAUUGGAAAGCCAACAACAACAGCGCCCAUUCCCUCAGUUUGGGAUGAGUGGAAGGCCUCAGGUACUAACUAUGCAGAAACCACAUGAUGUCCAAAUUUCGGACCCACGAAGUGUCAGUGCCACUCAUCAAGGUAAACCUCAAUUCAUGGUGGAGUCAACGCGACCCGAAAGAAAUUAUAUGCCACCAGCUGGCGAGAAGAUUAAUGCGCCCUUAUUCCCAGGCGGACCUCAAGAAUUCACACAUGGCAUCAAGGGACAACUUGGACCUGGUCUUGGACCUAGGACUGAGACUGCUAUGUCUUCUCAAGCGAGAUCUGGUGCAUAUCCUCAGGAUCACGUUCUACCAUCCAUCGAAGGCCCGUGGCCAUUGGAAAAACGACGUGCAGAUACCCGCUUAGAGCAUAUGACGAAACGAAUGUCGCUUCGUUCUGUAACCCCAGGUCACCCCUCUGGAGAGACCUAUGGCAAUGUUUCUGGUCCCGGUAGCCCGGAUGAUCAAACUUCUAAGAGAAGAAGAUUGGCCUAUUAUCCUGGUCUCCAGCAUGAUUCUCAUUAUGUCCCCCGGGAUGUGAGACCUAUUGGAAUGUCUAUCCCUGUCACUAUUUCAGAAGAACAAAAUAGAGUCCAAUAUCGCAGCGUCGAUGGUCUGGGAUCUGAGCACCGCUCGCAGGAUGUGCAACAAUCUCUCCGUCGGGAUUAUCUUCCUCCAGCGGAGCACUCUUUACUGAUAGGUCACCAGCGUGAAAGGCCAUCUGCCCCCUUCACGUCACAGGUCAAUCUAAGUACUCGACGAGAAAUGGAUCGCCCGCGUGUCAUUGACCCAAUGAGCUAUGUCCCUGUGCAUACAAACAUGCCGCCCUCUUCUGGAGUAGGUGCCGCUAUGGGUAUUUCUGGGGAUCGUUCAUACAGAGCCGCAGUGGAUCCCACCUCUCGCCCUGAGCUUCGGGCACCUUACUUUGUUGAUCGUAGCCCCCGCAUGGACCAUGUCCGACAAUCAAAGGUUGAGGAGCCCCGUCCUACUACCUGGAAUCCACGUAUUGAUGGUGACCGUCCCCUGGUCCAUGAUCCCGCCUCCGGAAAACAGUAUGCCGAUGGUUUUGUUCGUUCUGUCGAUGUGCGUGAGUCUCGUCCGCUGGACUAUUUCAUCGAGCACCCGCGUCACCAGCCCAGUCACCAGCCUAUCCGGACCCGGAUUCCCGACCAACAUGCCCAGGAUCUUUCACAGCCUCGAGCCCCUUCGGAGCAACGCCAGCUCCCUACUGUGCGAGUGGUACAAACAUCUGCUCAUCACCAGAUACCCCAUCAUCCGGAGAGUACUCCAGGAAGCCGCCAGCCUCAUGGACGUAUCCCUCCUCGCGAAAGACGACCUGGCAGUGGGCUCAGUAAUGCGCGUCCCCCGGAGCUAACCUGCGACAGACGCGUUCAUGAUCCCCGGGCGUUCCAAAUGGUAGAACAGAACCGCCCAAUUUAUGUGCAACGAGUUGAAUCCCAACCACCACAAUAUUCCAUAUCUCAGGCUGAUGGCAGGCCAGUGGUGAUUGUUGAUUAA